ACACUCAUCAGUCCCUUAACCCUCACCUCUCUCUCUCUCUCUCUCUCUCUCUCUCUCUCUCUCUCUGACAUUAUGAAGUCCUCCGGCGGUCCACGUAGCUCCCUCGACGCCGCAAGUCAUGGAAGCGCCUUCGUACUACUCGUGCUCGCCGCCUCGAUCCCGAUAUCUGCGGCCCAGCCCGCCGGCCCCGACGCUCCCAACCUCAACUACGCACGCUUCAGCCCUUCCAUGGUCGUAAUCGUAAUCGUCCUCGUGGCCGCCCUCUUCUUCAUGGCCUUCUUUUCAAUCUACAUCCGCCGCUGCUCCGACUCCAACGCCGCCUCCGUCGCUGCUCGGCCCUCCGCCACCGGCCGCUCCCGUCGGGCCCAGCGCGGCCUCGACCAGUCAGUCAUCAACACCUUCCCCACGCUGGAGUACUCCAAGGUCAAGGGUCUCAAGAUCGGGAAGGGCGCUCUCGAGUGCGCUGUGUGCCUCUGCGAGUUCGAGGACGACGAGAUGCUCCGUCUGAUCCCGAAAUGUGACCACGUCUUUCACCCCGACUGCAUCGAUGCCUGGCUCGGCUCCCACACCACUUGUCCGGUCUGCCGUGCCAACCUCGUCCCCCAGCCGGAUGACUCCAUCCCUCCUAUCCCCCAGCUCGAUGGCGAGCCUGCAGUACCCGAGCCAGAGGAAAACCGGGAAGUUGACUUGGAACAAGGCGAAAGACCGCAAGAGGAGGUGCCGCAAGUUAGCUUGGAGCCUCCGGCUCCGGAGAUCAAGAAUUUGAAUCGGAGCCGCACACGCGGGUCAAGGUCGAACAGGAUACGCCGGCUAUUCCCGCGAUCACACUCGACCGGGCACUCUCUAGUCCAGCCAGGCGAGGACACCGAACGUUUCACCUUGAGGUUGCCAGCCGAAGUGAGGAAGCAGAUUGUGAACCGGCAGCUGAACCGGGCGAUGAGCAUGGUGGUUCUGCCAAGGGAAGGGAGCUCCAGGAGAGGGUACAGGACCGGGGAAGGGAGCAGCAGGGGACGGUUCUCAAAGAGGUUCGACAUGUUGUCCCGGUCAGUCCGUCGUUCCAGUAGGUGGACGUUCAACAGGGUCCCUAGUUUUUUCUCAAAGUCGGGGUCGCUGCGAUCUCCAAGGGUAGCAGCAGAUAGCGGGGAAGGGACUUCGAGUAGACCGGCAGAGGUGGUUUUGUCUGGUGAAGCCGCGCGACCACCGGUCUAGCUAGCUAAAUCAGCAAUUUACAAGAUACAUAAUUGUUUGUAACUAGGGAUUAACGGCUAUGUCCAAUUUGUAAAAAAAAAAAAUGCGGAGGACAGAUUCUUUUCUUUUUUUUUUGUUUUUUUUUUAAAUCACAAGAUGCUAUUAUCCCGGAUGUACUUUUAGUAAAUUUUAAAGUUUUUAAUGCACACCACUUGGUAUCUGGAGAUCAAUUAGGUCCCAAAUAGUUAAAGUUCAAA